CCCCCCUCCUCCCCUCCCCCUUGAUCCCUUGCUUUCUGUUUCCCCCUUUCCCUCGGUAAGUCUGCCCCGUGCGUGAUGCUCGGCCUCCUUGGUGCCUCUCGGAGCGCGGCCGCCGCUUGGCGUCUGCCGACCCAGGUCGCGGUGGCAGCGGCUGUCGGUCCGAUGCCCGGGCGAAUGUUUGCCAGCCAGUCUGGCGGCAAGACGCCCACGACACCCACCCCCAGCACCCCUGCUCCUCCGAAGGAUUUCAUGAAGGCCAUCUCCGAGUUGCCGGAUCCGAAGUUGGAUUACACCCACCAGGCAGAUCCGGCGCCGGCAGCCAAGGACGGCCUGGUGGGGCGCCUGUUCCGGCCGUCCCCCCCGAAGGCCCCUUUGCACCCGAGCAAGCUUGCGCCCAGCACGUCGGCCCUGCACCGGUACCUGGCCAGGAAUGAGGAGGAGCUGAAUAUCUUUCUGCGCCGGGCGCCGGAGCAGGAAGUCCGGCCAGUGGGGCCGCCGCCUCCGCGUGUGGCCCGGGCCAUGCGCAAUGCCCACCGGUUCAUCGCGCCGGAUGUCCUGCGCCAAGCCGAGCAGGAGUACAACGAGACGCGCUUUCUCAUGUCCUACCAGGGCCUGGACGAGGACAACCUGAUGGUCAUCCUCCGGCACUUGGAGACGGCCGCCUCGCUGGGACACGUGCAGGCGUGCUAUGAGCUGGGGUUCCUGAUGUCGCGCGGCAUCGCCGACUUGGACCGGAAUAUCUACCAGUCCAAUCACUUUCUGCAUCAUGCCGCCGAGGCCGGGCACCCGGAUGCCAUGUUCCUCCUGGCGAUGACCAUGCGUGGGACCCUGGAGCGCACGGUGGCCCGCGACCACCAGGAGUACCUGGACUUGCUGGGUCGGCUUGUUGACGAAUUCAACUACCCCCCGGCCAACAUCAUGUUGUCGAACGCCUACAUGGCCGGCGAUAUUGUCCCGCUGGACAUCGGCCGCGCGGCUGAGCAUGUCCGCCUGGCAUUGAUCGGCGACUCGAUCGAGGAUGGCGGCAAGGGGCCCCUCCCGGAGGCCAACCUCCUCUAUGCCAUGUACCUCGUCCGCUAUGGGGAUCAAACUCGCCCGGAUCUCAGCUUCCGUGAGCGUAUUGCCAUGGCCUCGAGCCUUGCCGGCCGGGCAGCCUCCUUCACCAAUCCCUUCCUCUUCAAUGAGGAAUUGCUCACCGUGGCCAAUAUCUGGUACUACUGCCUGUCGGAUCUCGACGCCUGGCUGGAGUCGGUGAGCGAUGGCAGCGCAUUCGAGUGAGCGUGCAGUCUGCGCAUUCGGCUGAUACCCUCCUUUUUUCAAUUAUAGACAGAUCACUUCCC